AUGGACACCCACAUCACCGCCACAAACCUCUCCCGCCUGCUCACCCGCCUCGACUCCAAGCUCCUCACCACAAGCACCACCCCCCCCACCACCCUCGAGCGCACAAAGAUAGCCUCUAACCUCGAGUACGCCCGCCAGCUCCUCCUCGCCCUCGAAAAGUCCGCCCCCACAAUCCGCAACCACGCCCAGCGCCAAACCCUCCUCUCCAAGCUCGGCGAGCAAAAAGCGCUCAUCCGCCGCCUCAACGAGACGGUGCAGCUCCUCGUGCACGACGACACCCCCCCCUCCUCCUCCUCCUCCUCCUCCUCCUCCUCCUCCUCCGACGCGGACGCCGCCGACGCUAAAGACGAGCCGCCAGCCUACUCCGAGCAGUCCCCCGACAUCAUCCCCCCCGCAACCGAAAAGGAAGGGCUGCGCAACCGCUUCCCCAGCCAAAAAGAGCAGCGCGCGGCCCUACUCGGCGAAAAGGACGAAGAGCCAGCCGACCCCGAGAAGGCGCUCGACGCACACCGCGCGGAGCAGGAGGCGCUGACAACCGACAUGCUGACGCUCGCGCAGCAGCUCAAGGCCAACAGCAUCCGCUUCGGGCAGGCGCUGCAGAAGGAGAAGGGCCUGCUGGACCUGGCGGCCGAGGGGCUGGACAAGAACCUGCUCGGCAUCGAGCGCACGGGGCGCCGCAUGGGCGCGCUGCGGCGGGACGAGAAUGUCGGCUGGCUGUGGGGGAUCCUCUACCCGAUUGUUAUUGCGGCGUUGAUGUUUGUGGUGUUGCUGGUGUUGUUGGUGGCGCCGAAGUUGCGGUGGUGGUAG